AUUGCGGUAAUUAUGUAUGUACAACACGGUUCGGAUCUUAAUCACGUCAAAUUGUUAAUUUUAUAUUUUUUCGUUGCAUAUAAUUGUAAUUAACAAAGCGCUUUGAAGUGAUAAGACUUUGAGUUAGAAGCAUUUAGAGAAAAUUAAAUGUAAUAAGCGUACAUUUGUUUCGCGAACACUGUUAAUAUCGCCCGAAAAAAAUAUUCGCGACUUCGACCGGUAACAAACGAUUGGAAACGACCCAAAAGAUAAAUCAGCAUAGCAAAAUGAGGAAUUUCACUUCUUUCGCGAUUGUCCUAUUGCUCUUCGUAGGAUAUUCACAAACUACCAAUAUUUUCGAUAUAUUUGGAAACAAACGUAUUGCUAUCAUGGGUCAUGAACUUGAUAUGGGAAGUGGUUUCAAAAUUGACAAUGGUUUUCUGGAUGGUUCUCCUGGACUAGAACGACACUUGACAAGUGAUAAACAUGAGGGUGGUCAACAAGAAAGUGGUCAACAAGAAAGUGGCCAACAAGGAAGUGGUCAACAAGGAAAUGGUCAACAAGGAAGUGGUCAACAAGGAAGUGGACAACAAGGAAGUGGUCAACAAGGAAGUGGUCAAAAAGGAAGUGGUCAACAAGGAAGUGGUCAACAAGUCGGUGAAGGAAGUGAUGAACAAGGAGGUAGUGAACAAGCUCAUCAACAUGGAGGUGGUCAACAUAGAGGUGGUCAACAUGGAGGUAUUCAACAUAAAGGUGGUAAACAUGGAAGUGGUCAACAUGGAAGGGGUCGCCAUGGGAGUCGUCAACAUGGAAGUGGUAAAAGAGGAAGUAGUCAACAGAAAAAUAGUCAACAGGGAGGUAUUCAUCAAGAAGAGGGUCAAAAAGGAAAUAGUCAACAAGAAUGUAAUCAGAAAACGAAUGGUGGGCAAGAAGGUGAUCAACAAGGAACCGGUCACCAAGGAGGAAAUGGUAAAAAAGAAGGUGGUAGACUAGGAGGUGGUCAACAAAGUGGUCAACAAAGCGGUCAACAAACUGGUCAACUAAGUAGUCAACAAAGUGGUCAACAAAGUAGUCAACAAAGUAGUCAACAAAGUAGUCAUCAAAGUAGUCAACAAAGUGGUCAACAAAGUGGUCAACAAAGUGGUCAACAAAGUGGUCAACAAAGUGGUCAACAAAGUGGUCAACAAAGUGGUCAACAAAGCGGUCAACAAACUGGUCAACUAAGUAGUCAACAAAGUGGUCAACAAAGUAGUCAACAAAGUAGUCAACAAAGUAGUCAUCAAAGUAGUCAACAAAGUGGUCAACAAAGUGGUCAACAAAGUGGUCAACAAAGUGGUCAACAAAGUGGUCAACAAAGUGGUCAACAAAGUGGUCAACAAAGUGGUCAACAAAGUGGUCAACAAAGUGGUCAACAAAGUGGUCAACAAAGUGGUCAACAAAGUGGUCAACAAAGUGGUCAACAAAGUGGUCAACAAAGUGGUCAACAAAGUGGUCAACAAAGUGGUCAACAAAGUGGUCAACAAAGUGGUCAACAAAGUGGUCAACAAAGUGGUCAACAAAGUGAUCAACAAAGUGGUCAACAAAGUGGUCAACAAAGUGGUCAACAAAGUGGUCAACAAAGUGGUCAACAAAGUGGUCAACAAAGUGGUCAACAAAGUGGUCAACAAAGUGAUCAACAAAGUGGUCAACAAAGUAGUCAACAAAGUGGACAACAAAGUGGUUACCAACAGGGAAGUGGUCAAAAAGGAGGUAUUCAACAAAAAGAUGGCGAAAUAGGAGGUUCUCAACAGGAAAUUGGCCAGAAAGGAGGUAGUCAACAAAAAGAUGAAGAAAAAGGAGGUUCUCAACAGGAAAGUGGCCAGAAAGGAGAUAGCCAACAAAAAGAUGGUGAAAAAGGAGGUUCUCAACAGGAAAGUGGCCAGAAAGGAGGUAGUCAACAAAAAGAUGAAGAAAAAGGAGGUUCUCAACAGGAAAGUGGACAGAAAGGAAGUAGUCAACAAAAAGAUGGUGAAAAAGGAGGUUCUCAACAGGAAAAUGACCAGAAAGGAGGUAGUCAACAAAAAGAUGGAGAAAAAGGAGGUUCUGAACAGGAAAGUGGCCAGAAAGGAGGUAGUCAACAAAAAGAUGGAGAAAAAGGAGAUUCCCUACAGGAAAGUGGCCAGAAAGGAGGUAGUCAACAAAAAGAUGGAGAAAAAGGAGGUUCUCAACAGGAAAAUGACCAGAAAGGAGGUAGUCAACAAAAAGAUGGAGAAAAAGGAGGUUCUGAACAGGAAAGUGGCCAGAAAGGAGGUAGUCAACAGAAAGAUGGAGAAAAAGGAGAUUCCUUACAGGAAAGUGGCCAGAAAGGAGGUAGUCAACAAAAAGAUGGAGAAAAAGGAGGUUCUCAACAGGAAAGUGGCCAGAAUGGAGGUAGUCAACAAAAAGAUGGAGAAAAGGGAGAUUCCCAACAGGAAAGUGGCCAGAAAGAAGGUAUUCAACAGAAAGAUGGCGAAAAAGGAGGUUCUCAACAGGAAAAUGACCAGAAAGGAGGUAGUCAACAAAAAGAUGAAGAAAAAGGAGGUUCUCAAGAAGAAAGUGGCCAAAACGAAGGAAAUCAACAAGAGGGUGGAAAAAAAGGAGGAUCUCAACAAGAAACUGGUCAACAAAGCGGAAAUCAACAAGGAAGUAGUGAACAGGAAAGUAAACAACAAACAACUGGCCAGCAAAAUAGUCAACAAGGAAGUGGUGACUCUUCGGAGAAUGAUGGAUUCAAAAGUGACCUUCUCGUCAUACACAACACAGUUGAAAGCAGCAACUGAAACUAAGAACUUCGGACAAUAGAAGUAAAAUAUGCAACAGUAUCUGAAAAAGAAGCUUAUAAUAUUUAUAUAGAACAACACUUAAUAUAAGUUUGAUUGUCAAUAUAAUAAUGGAAGGGGUAUUCUUCUUGUUUUUUUGUUUAUAUAAAUUUGUCUAAUUUUUGGGUAAUAAAGGAAACUUACUGAAUUA